CCACAAACCACAGUUACCCUUUUUCCUUUUAGCAUAUCCCGCCAACUUUUUUUUUUUCUGAUUCUUCAUUUCCCGCCUCCCUGCUUGACAUCUUUCUCCACUCCUCCCCACAGGCCACAGCCGCCGCUUCUAAUCUUCUCCGAGAUCCCGCUGCGAAAUCUCUGACUCGACCGACGAACCUCUCGAACUGAAUUGACGAAAUGGCCGGUCAGUCUGGCUCUCAGCUCUCGCUCUUCACUCCCGACGAGGUGGAGUUCGUGGCGGAAGACGAGUUGGUCGAGAUCGUCCCGAAUCUGAGAAUGGACUCGCUCAAUUUCAUCUGUGGAGAUUACGGCCCGUUCUAUCCACAAAUAGCCAUUCAGGUUCCUUUGUGGUUAGCUCUUGCGCUGAAGAAGCGAGGGAAGUGCACGAUUCGGCCUCCACAGUGGAUGUCCAUCGAGAACUUGACUCAGGUGCUCGAAGGGGAAAGAGAAUCUCAUGCAUUUCAGACAUUGCCAUUCCAUUAUGUCGAAAUCUCCAGACUUCUUUUUGACCGUGCACGAGAUGACAUUCCUGACGUAUACAUGGUGAGAUCGCUUGUUGAAGACAUCCGGGAUGUGAGGUUUCAUAAGGUCGAAACAAACUUGGAAAACUUCACUGCAUCUGCAGUAACGUGGAAAAAUAUGGCUGCUAUGGAAGUGAAUAUAAUCCGAGCCUUCUCAGGGAGAGCCCUACAAGCAUUUUACAGACACGAGAAUGAGCAGGCCGUACCAGAUCUUGACAGAACUCAAGAUAGACAGCCCCAAAAUCUUAAUGACAGGCCUAGACGUAAUCUAAGGCCCCGGUAAUGUAGCAUGGCAGAUCAAGCUGGAAAUACUAACCUCGACGAGAAGCCGCACAAGGUAGUCUGCUUUCCUUUGAUUACUUGGUGGUUCUCUGGCUAUUAUAGAGAAGUCUUGCCUAGGUAAUUGAAAUGACCAGAUUCUCAUGAACUAAUGGAAUCCUAGGUCAAUAUUGUAUGGUGUAGUAUUCAAAUUGUGUAAUCUUUAUAUGGGAAUGCAAUGGUCCAGCAUAUCUUCCUUCAAACUAGAAGUGGAGGAAUCUUUGUUUCACCAAAGCUAAGUCAGACAUUUUACGAGGUUCGAUUUACAUCUUUGUUAUGAUUAGGCUCCAACCCUGUGUUAGUGAGUGGCUUGUCCAUAUCACAUUUGAUAAUAUUAUCUGCCGAGGAGUCCAGGCUUGUGUAUCAGAAACCACAACCUAGAUCCCAUCUCGGUAUUAAAUUAUUCAUAGCAUUUUACUUGAACCGAAAUGGUUGACAUGUUCGUCAUAUCCAUAGUAGGGAUGUUUGGUAUGACAGAAG